AUGGAAAUCAAAGGAGGAAGAGAAAAUCAAGUUUGGUUUUUGAAAAUAUCAAAGCUAGCACUGGCCUUUGCAAUUAUCCACUCCAAACCACCAGGGAAGAGUUGCAGAGAAUACAUCGAGCACCUUGCCAGGUCUGUAUCAGAAGGAGAUUUCGGAUGGAAAUCAAAAGCUGAAGCGCUGGAAGCUGAAGUUCUUCGAUUACGCCAGGAACUUCUUUUAAACAAGAUCUGUCCAAGAUUCUGCUUGGAAAAUGGAAAACCAGAUGCCUCUGCUAAAACUCUUCUGGAUCAGGAAUGUAUAAACCCCACAACUUACUCAAGCCAGCUGGAAGACUCUGGUUGUGAUGUCUCUAGUGACUGCGCAUUCGAUUCAUUAGGCACAGCUUCUGAUUUUCACCAAUCUGAGCACAGUGUCAACACUUCCAAACAGUGGUUGGAAAGAGUUCUCCCACUGAAUCUUUGCACUACAAGCAAGGAGAAAUCUCUGACCGCCCCAGUUCAGUUUUUGCAACACCUGCUUGAAAUAAGAAAACUGUCAGAAGGAGGAAUUCUUCAAGCAGACUUCACAGAGCUUGAGAAAGAUUCUUCAACCAUAUGCAAUUCAGUGUCUCAGUUGCUUGAUGGGCUAACUGUUUUUUACAGCAACCCUACAUUUCCAUUUUCCAGUUUUCUCACUGAAGCUGUGUGUGUUUUGGUCAGUUUAAUAACUGAUACUAAAUUCUCUAAUCAUGUCUUGAAGAAGUGUUUCAAGAAGCUGAAAGAAUUUCAGCAAAACCUAGUUCAGAUUAUUUUAAGAACUGGCAGUGUCAACAGGUUUCAGGCACUUCAUGCUAUAUCACACACUCUGAUUUUGCUGGGAAGGAAUAACAUGCUAAGAAGAUCUUUAAUAUCUUUGCUACUACCAGAAGUACGUCAGUUUGCUGAGCAGCUCCUACAAGUUCACCAGCUCCAGGCCAAGUAUGACAUUACCCAGUAUGAGAAUAUUUUCCCUUUGUGCAUGAUUCUGGAGCAGCUUCUUCAAAAUGAGGCAGAAGAAAGAAACGUUUCAAGCUCAGAGUGUGAUGAAGAAGGAAAAAUCCAAUUUCUGAAGAGCCUGGAUCAAAUCAUUCUCCUUCUAUCAGAUGAAUUCCCUUUGUUUUCUCUGUAUUUAUGGAGAGUGAGCAUUCUUUUGAACUCAGCUCAAACAGCAAAUUGAUUAAACCCAGCAACCUACUUUUUUAACAGGGCAUUUGUUGGGGGAUUGCACGAGACCAAUUUUGAGCCAGACAGGAAAAUUGUUGUUAUUGGAAAACAUGUACUUUAAACUAGCAUGCACCAUGGCAGUUUCAGAGAUAAUGUAAUUUAUUUCCAAUUUUAAAGAGAGAAGGAAAAAAAAAUGUAAUAAUCCAGGUGCCUUUUUGAAUAAAGGUUGUUUCUCACAGCAGGAAACAAUAUGUUGGCUUCUGUCUGCACAAGGGUAGGCACAAUAGGCUUGAUUCGCUCCGAGUUGACUGAGGAUUUCAGGGGUUUAAUAUGAAUACAUUUAACUCUUUCAGUGAUUGCUUUAAACCUUUCAGUUCAGGAAUUAAUGACUGUUGUUAAAAUCUCCUUUGGACAUUUGGGUAUUAUCUGCUUGUUGAUUUUUUUUGUGUGAUGGAAUUUUAUUCAUGGUCAUGAAGUGGCAUAUUUAAGAAAUAAUUUUAAGCAUAAAAGGGCUUCAAAAUACGAUUUCAACAGUACCUAAACUGAUGGAUAUGAAUUCAGCAGUAACUAACCUGAUAAAUAUGAGGUCAACAUUACCCUAACUGAUAAAUAUGAGUUCAGGAAUAACUACACUGCUAAAUAUGAGUUCCAGCAAUAACUAAAGUGAUAAAUAUGAGGUCAACAAUAUCUCGGUUGAUAAAUACGAGUUCAACAGUACUUAAACUGAUAAAUACAACUUCAACAAUACCUAAACUGAUAAAUAUGAGGUCAACGAUGCCUGAACCAAUGAAUAUGAGUUGCAGUAAUACCUAAACUCAUAAAUACAAGUUCAACAAUACCUAAACUCGUAAAUACAAGUUCAACAAUACCUAAACUGAUAAAUAUGAGGUCAACGAUGCCUAAACUGUUGGAGUUCCAGCAAUAACUAAACUGAUAAAUGUGAUGCCAUCAAUAUCUUAACUGACAAAUAUGAGUUCAAUAAUACCUAAACUCAUAAAUACAAGUUCAGCAAUACCUAAACUGAUAAAUAUGAGGUCAGCAAUACCUAAACUGAUGAAUAUGAGUUCCAGCAAUAUCUAAACUGAUAAACAAUAUCUUAACUGAUAAAUAUGAGUUCAACAAUACCUAAACUGAUACAUAUGAGGUCAGCAAUAUCUUAACUGAUAAAUAUGAGUUCAGCAAUACCUAAACUGAUAAAUAGAAGUUUGGCAAUACUUAAACUGAUGAGUUCAGAAAUAACUCAUAAAUACAAGUUCAACAAUACCUAAACUGAUAAAUAUGAGGCCAGCAAUACCUAACUGAUGAAUAUGAGUUCCAGCAAUAUCUAAACUGAUACAUAUGAGUUCAGCAAUACCUAAACUGACAAAUACAAGUUCAGCAAUACUUAAACUGAUGAGUUCAGAAAUAACUAAACUCAUAAAUACAAGUUCAACAAUACCUAAACUGAUAAAUAUGAGGCCAGCAAUACCUAACUGAUGAAUAUGAGUUCCAGCAAUAUCUAAACUGAUACAUAUGAGUUCAGCAAUACCUAAACUGACAAAUACAAGUUCAGCAAUACUUAAACUGAAAAAUGAUUUCAGAAAUAACUAAACUCAUAAAUACAAGUUCAACAAUACCUAAACUGAUAAAUAUGAGGUCAGCAAUACCUAACUGAUGAAUAUGAGUUCCAGCAAAAUCUAAACUGAUAAAUAUGAGGUCAACAAUAUCUUAACUGAUAAAUAUGAGUUCAACAAUACCUAAACUCAUAAAUACAAAUUCAACAAUACCUAAACUGAUAAAUAUGAGGUCAGCAAUACCUAACUGAUGAAUAUGAGUUCCAGCAAUAUCUAAACUGAUACAUAUGAGGUCAGCAAUACCUAAACUGAUGAAUAUGAGUUCCAGCAAUAUCUAAACUGAUGCAUAUGAGGUCAACAAUAUCUUAACUGCUAAAUAUGAGCUCAACAAUAUCUUAACUGAUCCAGUCUGACAAAUUUAAAGCAUAACUAUAGUGACAGAUGGCUUUAGUAAAUACAAAAUGGUGUUAACAUUAGUCCUUAUCAUUUCCCAUCCACUUCUUUCGUCAGAGGAGUUUUAUGUCAGAAGAAAAAUCUUUGAAAUGCCACUCUUUCUCAGUGCUGUAGCUAAUUUACCUUGUUAAUUUGAAUGCAUUUCUUCCAGAUAAUAAAUAUUUGUUUCCUA